AUGCGCUUCUUCAGCACUCUCUUCCUUGUCACCUUGACCGCUACCGGCGUCGUCACUGCCUUGCCUGUCGCCCAGCCUCAUGACUUGACUGCUCUCGCCGGAGAGGGCCUCCAGGACGCUGCCCCAGUGGAGGCUCUCGACAUUGAGACUAACAUCGAAACUAGAGAGGCUAGGGGCCCUAACACCCCGGCUGAUGUCCAGAAGCAUAACGAAAACCAUAGGAAGCAGGAUGCUGGCAACUGUGGACAAAACUGCAAGCAAUCACUUGCCUCGUAUCACUCGCAAGCCUCCAAGGAUUCCAAGAACUCCCAGGCUUCCAAGAACUCGAAGAACUCAAAGAACGGAAAGAACGGUCCUCGCGCGGUCGAGAAUGCCGAGAAUGCUGAGGAGGCUGAGGGUGAGGAGGAGUACAAGCUGUGGCUGGAGCAAUAA